AGCCGGGUGUACAGGAGAGCGCACUGUCAGGAUAUUUCAUCCUUCUGCACACACACACAUACACCAACACACACAUUUUCUUACGUUCUCCCUCUCCAACACACACAUGGAGUACAACUGGAUCCACCUCCUCUGGGUUUUCUGGAGCGUGAUGCCAGGGCUCCAUGACUGUUUCAACAUUGACACCAGAAAUCACAGGAUCAUAAAGGGCCCCAGGCAGACACAGUUUGGCUACACUGUCCAACAACACAUUGCUGGAGGACAAAAAUGGUUACUGGUAGGAGCCCCACUGGAAACAAAUGGACAGCAUCAGACAGGAGACGUGUACAAAUGUCCCUUAAGCAGACGAUCUGGAGGACCCAGCUGCUCCAAACUCAAUCUUGGAAAGAUAUCGUUGACAAAUGUAUCUGAACGAAAGGAAAGGAUGAGACUUGGAAUGACCCUUUCGUCCAACCCUAAAGACAACAGCUUUGUGGCUUGUGGUCCCCUCUGGUCAUAUGAAUGUGGCAGCUCAUACUACAGCACUGGAAUUUGCUCCAGAGUCAAUGCCAGCUUUAAAUUUUCCCGCACUAUUGCUCCUGCUUUCCAAAGGUGUGAGACAUACAUGGAUAUAGUGAUUGUCUUGGACGGUUCAAAUUCAAUCUACCCCUGGAAUGAAGUUCAAGACUUCCUUAUCAACAUCCUGAGGAAAUUCUACGUUGGACCGGGACAGAUUCAGGUUGGAGUACUCCAGUAUGGAGAAAAGGUGGUAAGCGAGUUUCAGCUGAAUGACUUCCGCUCUGUGGAGGACGUGGUCAAAGCAGCCCGAAAGAUUGGCCAGAGAGGAGGAGAAGAGACCAACACUGCGCUGGGAAUCAAUGUUGCACGCUCAGAGGCCUUUAAACAGGGAGGCAGAAGAGGAGCAAAGAAAGUCAUGAUAGUCAUCACAGAUGGAGAAUCGCAUGACAGCGCAGACCUCCAGCAGGUUAUUGAGGAAAGUGAGAAGGACGGCAUCACCCGAUAUGCCAUUGCUGUACUGGGUUACUACAACCGCAGGGGCAUCAACCCUGAAGCUUUCCUCAACGAGAUUAAGUACAUCGCCAGUGACCCCGAUGAUAAGCAUUUCUUCAACGUGACAGACGAGGCAGCUUUGAAGGACAUUGUGGACGCUCUAGGAGAGAGGAUCUUCAGUUUAGAGGGGACAAGCAAGAACGGGACAGCAUUUGGUCUCCAGAUGUCUCAAGCCGGCUUCUCCACACACACAGUGGAGGAUGGUAUUUUAGUGGGAGCUGUGGGAGCUUAUGACUGGAACGGCGCUGUGCUAAAGGAGACUCGGCAAGGGAAAGUGGUUCCACCGAAAUCCUCCUAUGAACAAGAGUUCCCAGAAGAACUAAAGAACCAUGGAGCCUACCUGGGUUACACAGUGACGUCUGUGGUGUCUGCUCGCAGUGGCCAGUUAUAUGUAGCAGGGGCACCUCGCUUUAACCACACGGGCAAAGUCAUCAUCUUCACCCUGAAAAAUACAGGAGAGCUCACUAUAUUGCACUCACUCAAGGGACAGCAGAUCGGCUCAUACUAUGGCAGUGAGAUUGCUCCAGUGGACAUUGAUAAUGAUGGAGUGACUGAUAACCUGCUGGUGGCUGCACCCAUGUUCUUCAGUGGAGGCUGGGAGAAAGGCAAAGUCUACAUCUACAGAGUCACUGAGCAGCCUCGCUUUAUCCUGGAAGGCUCGCUGGAGGUGUUAGAUCAGGGUCAGAAUGCACGAUUCGGCUCUGCAUUGGCUCCUGUGCCUGACCUGAACGGGGAUUCAUUUAAUGAUGUGGUGGUGGGAGCUCCGCUGGAGGACGACCACAAAGGAGCCAUUUACAUCUAUCACAGCCAACGCAACAGAAUACUGAGGAAAUAUAAACAGAGGAUUGGUGCAGUUCAGCUGGGCCCGGGUCUGCAGUACUUUGGUCGUAGCAUUCAUGGGAAGAUGGACAUGAAUGGAGAUGACCUGGUGGAUCUGGCUGUGGGCUCUCUUGGUGCUGCAGUUCUCCUGUGGUCUCGAAGUGUGAUCCGAAUCAAUUCAGUAGUCCGUUUUGAGCCCAGCAAGAUUAACAUAUUCAAUAAAGACUGUCGGAGAGGAGGAAAAGACGUGACAUGCAUGUCAGCUAUUGUAUGUCUGAAUGUCACAGCACGGACUCCUAUCAACCCCUCACAGGAAAUAGCUCUUAGAUACAGUGCUUUCUUUGAGGAGAAGCGCUUUAACCCUCGGGCUGUAUUUGAUGAUCCAGAUCGCCAGCAGCCACAAAACCUCACACUGCUUCCUGGAGAGGAGACCUGUGAUCACAUCUACUUCCACGUCAUGGAGACUACAGACUACGCCAGGCCAAUUAUAUUCACUGUAGAGACGGAGCUUUUGGACCUGUAUCACGGCCCAGUUCUGGAUGACAGCUGGCCAACGACUGUGAAAACACAGCUUCCCUUUUGGAACGGUUGUGAUGAAGAUGACCAUUGUGUUCCAGACUUGUUGUUACAAGCUCACACCGAUCUAAUGAAUCGCCAGCAGUUUUGUGGGCAGGCGUUUCGAGCAGCCAGUCUCUUAUGUCAGGGUCACACAUCAACAGACCCUUCUGAACGCAUUAUAGAGGGUUCCAGGAGGAAGAUGGUAGUGGAUGUACGUCUAGAAAACAGAGGAGAGAAUGCAUACGGAGCCAAGCUUAACAUCACUUACACUCAAAACCUACGCUUCUCCAGCCUUAUAGUGAAGGAUAACUCUGAUAUACAUAUAGACUGCCGUAAUGAGAACAAGCGGAAAUAUGAGAAAACCUGCAACAUCAGUGAACCCUUUAUGAGAGCAAAGUCCCAGGUUAUAUUUCGUUUGGAAUUUGAAUUCAGCCACUCGGUGCUGUUGGAUCACGUACGAAUCAUACUGGAGGUUACUAGUGAAGGAGAAGAAGUCAUCCUCUAUGAUAACUCCAAUGAAAUUUUCUACAAUCUGAAGUAUGAGGCUGAUUUGCUCUUUACAAGGGAUUUUUACCCGACCCGAUAUGAGCUUAAACCUGACCUCUCUCUAGAGAAAGCAGAUGAUUUCAACCCCCCAUUCAACUUUACCUUUCAGAUCCAGAACCUUGGUUAUUUUCCAAUUCAAGAUUUGCAACUCUACAUUGCAAUCCCUGAGGUCACAAAAAAUGGGAAUCAACUCCUGCAGAUCAGAGAUUUCCAUAUUGACCAGAUUGGUGGAAGCCAGUGUAUCCCCCCUCAGCAUGUGGCUCAUAGUCGGGCCUCUCCAGAAGACCUCUCACGAACAUCACGCCUGAACUACUCAAACACCCUGGCAGUGCCAGUGCAAUGCACCGUCAAUCUGCCUUCCUACAGAGACGUCAGCGUGAAGAUCGGCGGAUCCCUCCGUACUGAUGCACUGCAUGCGCUGAAGUUCAAAACCCUUGAGCUGGUGACGACAGCCUCAGUGGAGCUGAACCCUUCCAGCCCUAUGUUUCUGCCUGAAGAGAGGCCGGUCAGACAUAUAAUCCUAGAGAUUAGGAAAGAGGAGGAUUACCGUGUUCCCAUCUGGAUUAUCAUAGGCAGCACACUUGGAGGCCUGUUACUCCUCUCUCUUCUCAUUCUGGCACUCUGGAAGUUGGGGUUUUUCCAAAGACAGAAAAGGCGCGAAGAGGCCGAGAAUGAGGUCAAUGGCAAGACGAUGGAGGAGAGAUAACGCAGGCUGCUCAAGAGGGUUCAGACAGGCCUACAUCUCAGGGACAAACCAACAACUACAUUAGACGUCUCUGAAACAUGAAGAGAGGGAGAAAGACAGGACUUGAGGCAAUGAAAAAGGUAGAGGGAGAAGUUCUGUGCACUGGACGACCUGUUGUUCAUUGAUGAAAAACACUGCGAUGACCCUCACCAUGCCUGCACUGCUUACUGAGCCGACCCUGUGGAUGGGUCUCCAUCUCUCUUCUCAUCCCAGACCAAAACCCUGGGGCCGACAAGGCGAGGACUUUCUCCUGAGAGACACGCUCAACAGAGACUUUUGGAUGAUGCAUUUACAACAAAUGGCUUGUGGGAAGAACACAAAUUCAAAGGAAAGAACUUUUGUUUCUCACAGGGACUUUGGAAGCGCAUUGAUUACAUUUGUUCUUCUGCAAAUAUACAAAAGGAAACCUCAAAGGGCUGAGAUGGUACAAAACAGCCAUGUUUUCUGGUGCUCUUCUAGGACAUCUGGGAGGAAAAAGGGUGCAAAAGUUUUAUUGUGAUGGCCGUUGUUAUUCUAUGUAAUGUAAGGCACUGGAGUAAGUAGCUCUGUUUUUUUUCAGUGGUCAUAAUUUAUUGAAUAGGCAGUCAACUAUGUUGUAGACUUCACAUUGUUUGUUUGUUUUUAUUUUCUUGCUCUAGUACUCUACAUAAUGAUGCAUCAGCAUUCUUCAGUCUCAACAGAUGUGGAUUUUUUUUUCUAUUUUUAAAACAUUGAUGCACUUUUUUAUAUCAUAGUGAUACAAACUUGAAUUUUGUAAAUAUAUUUUAUCUUUGUAAACACGAGUUUCAAACAUCCCUAAAUAUGCUUCAACAAGUAGCCUUUGAGAAAGGGUAUGCUUCCUGUACAGCACCUCAGCAGUCAUUUCAAAUAUUAAAGAAUAUUGUCCAAAUAUUUCCGAACAUCAAACGAUGUUGAGUGUUUACAAUGCUAUGAAACAUCCAUAUUAUGUGUAGAUGUAUUGUAGUCAGGGACCCCGAUUCUCUUUAUCAUAUACAUAAAGUAUACCAAAGAUAAUAAAGUAAAUAUCUGAAUAAAGAAUUUUGAAAAAGAGUGUUUGAAUGGGGUGACACGGUGGCUCAGUGGUUAACACUGUCGCCUCACAGCAAAAAGGUUGCUGAUUUGAGUCCCGGUUGGAUUUUCUGUGUGAAGUUUGUAUGAUUUCCUUGUGUUGGCGUAGGUUUUCUCCGCGUGCUCCUGUUUUCCCCCACAGUCUAAAGACAUGCGCUAUAGGUGAAUUAGAUUAAAUAAAUUGCCCUAGUAUAUAAGC